AUGGAUGCGUCUCAUAGGCUUCGCGAGGCGCUAGCGAUGCAGUUGGACUGGAUAACCGUCCUGGUAACUCACCGUCGUCGUUCCUACAGCAUGUGGAGGACGAAGCAGUCUGCUUUAUUUGCGUUUAUGCAUUUCUGUUUUUUGCUGGUUUUAUUUGCUCAUUUUGUUAACGAAGUCGUGACGUGGGCGCUUACGUUUUUGCUGCAGACGGCAGCGCUUUGCCUCUCCUUACUUCAUAUCACGCUCGUCACGGACUACGCAGAAAGGAUGAACAACGCAAUGGAACUGGAGCAGCAACUUAACCCACUGAUCAUUGCGGAAUUGAGUAUUCGUUGCUUUGCGUUGCUUAAUUGUGUCUUGAUGGGUGGCUGGUUUAUGACUAUUGCCAGUUUGUUGGAACUGGGGUACGACUACUGGAUUUUUAGGAAAAGCGACUUUCUUGUAGAUGCAACAACGGCGUGGAAAAAACUUGGUGCCCUUGAGGUGGACUCACGUGUACGUUUGCUGUACCAGGCUUUUAUGGUGAUAGCUGCAAUGUUAAACUUUGUUUUUUCAUUGGUGUACAUGUAA